CUUUCGAAUAUUCUCAAGAAAUAGCCAAUGAGUUGGAAAAAUUACUUGAAGCUGAAGAAGAAUAUAAUGUUAUUAUCUAUGCUGGUGAAAAUGAAAAUAUGAAAGAAAUUCAUGCACAUUCAAUUUUAUUACGUAUCAGGUCUCAAUAUUUUCGUACGGCAUUUUCUAAGGAGUGGUCUGAGAAGAAGGAUGGAAAAUAUGUUUUUAAUUUUCCUAAUAUUUCUCCCCAAUUUUUUAAAAUUAUUUUAAGAUUUAUUUAUUGUGGAAAGAUCGAUUUGGAGAAAUUACAGGGGCAAGAUAUCCUAAAACUUUUGAUAACGGUGGAUGAACUUAAAAUCCAAUCAUUAAAUCAUUGUAUUCAAGAAUACUUGGUUAAGCAUCAACACGAGUUUUUACAACAAAACCCUUUAGAAAUUCUUGAAAUUGUCUACCAACAUGAAAGCUUCUCAAAUUUAUGGAAUUAUUAUCUUGAAGAAAUUUGUGCUAAACCAGAUACGUUGUUUAAAUCUGACAAGUUUACUAAUUUAAAAGCACCUUUAUUAGAAUUACUUUUAAAAAGGGAUGAUUUAUCAUUGGACGAAAUUGAUAUAUGGGAUAGCUUGAUCAAAUGGAGUUUGGCUCAGCAUCCUUCUAUUCAGCAAGAUAUUAAGACAUGGAAUAAAGAUGAAAUCACAAUUAUGGAAAGAACUCUUCAUAAAUUUAUUCCUUUAAUUAGAUUUUACUAUAUAGAAUCGGAAGAUUUUUUCUUAAAAGUAUAUCCUUUUAAAAUAUUAAUACCUGAGGAUAUACUUGAUAAUAUAUUUGCAUUUUAUAUGGCGCCAAGUAAGAAAUCUAGUCUUAAUAUUCAGCCUCCUAGAAAGUCAAAAAAUGUAUAUGGUUCUGUUAUAAUUGGACCACAACAUUUUGCUAUUUUUUCUAGUUGGAUUGAAAAAAAAGAUGCUUCUUAUUAUAAUGAAAGAAACAUUCCUUAUAAUUUCAAUUUACUUUAUCGUGCUAUUAGAGAUGGUAAUACACCAGCAGACUUUCAUGCUAGAUGUGAUAAUAAAGGAGCUACUAUUGUUAUAUUAAAAAUUCCAAAUUCGGAACAAAUUUUGGGAGGUUAUAAUCCACUUCAAUGGGAUUCAAGUGAUACAUGGAAGUCUACAGGAGAUAGUUUUUUAUUUUCAUUUACAAAUAAAAAUGAUUUUAACACUGCAAAAGUGGGUUAUAUUCUAGAAGGCCGUGAUAAAGUUGCUAUAUAUUGUGUUCAAAAUUAUGGACCAACGUUCGGCAACGGUCAUGAUUUAUUUCGAGAUAGUGAUGGUAACUGGAAAAACUAUCCAGGCUUUUAUGCUUAUUCUAAAGUUGAUAUACCACAAAUUUAUAAUUCGGGUAUUUAUAAUAUUUUUGGCGUAGAGGAUUAUGAAGUUUUUCAA